CCGCACUUGACUAUUUUACAGAUAGCGCGAACCGGGCUGAUAUCUCAACUGAAGUGAUUUAUAGGUGACUAUGCCGAGACGUUCGACAAAUCCGUAACAUUCGUGAAUGGAACGCCGCGAAUUCUGGACACGCGUGACACACAAUAGCGCGAAACAGUGAGUGACAGCCGUUCGGUUUCGAUAGCUUUUCACGUGUUUAAAGUGGAAAUGUUGAAAUAUACUGUAAAACAGUAACAAUGAAUCAAAUACAGACUAGUAUUGCCAUUGCGUGGACCGUGUUUGCGUGUAGCGUUAACUCGAUUUAUGUACCUAUAUACAGUGACAUUUUCAAACACCAUCCGAUGCAGAAUGGCGCCGCACGCAGUAGCAUUUCCAGUACGCUUAACAGAGCCAACAUUACGUUUGUGGAAAAUAAAAACGAAUCUCUGACACCGAUGGUGUGUGUUUUGACCACAUCCAUGGACGACCUUCCGCCGGAUAUUUUCACAAAAUCUGAACGACUCAACGGUGCCAUCGUGAUUCAUUUUUUCGCUGCAAUAUAUUUUUUCACAAUUUUAGCUUACACUUGCAGUGAGUAUUUUCUUCCGUCGGUGGAGUGCAUUUGCGAAGAUCUGCAUCUAUCGGAGGAUGUGGCAGCUGCAACGUUCAUGGCUACAGCCACUUCAAUGCCUGAGUUUUUCACCAACACAAUCAGUACACUGAUAGUAGACUCGGAUAUGGGUCUCGGGACGAUCAUGGGAUCUAUGCUGUUCAACACGCUCGGCGUGGCAGCUCUCGUGGGAUUGCUUACCAAAACGCACGUACAAUUGGACUGGUGGCCAUUGACGAGGGAUUCGGUAAUCGUUUUGAUCAUCACCAGCUUACUCGUCGGUUGUCUUUGGGAUGAACGUGUUUACUGGUAUGAAUCAGUAGUGUUUGUCAUUCUGUACGUCGCAUAUUUCCUAGUGAUGUUUCAGAAUGAGCGAAUGAAAAGGAUUGCAGUUGAUCUGAUCGAAAUACGCUGGGAUCUUUGCCGCAGAAUACAAACAAGUGCUGAUGAUGAUUUCAUAGAGCCAAAGUCUUGUCGAAAAUACUCAAUAGCAGUUUUAGAAGAAGCCGCCAACACAGUUCAACACGAUGUUUCAAAUGGCGUAAAAAAAAUCUCACGCAUCUCGGAAUCCAACCCACCCGUAAACAACACUGACAGUAGAAUGCGUUUGUUUCGAAUCUCAACAUCGUCAUGGUUCAGCAUUUUUUGGUGGUUCUACACUUGGCCGUUUCGGGUACUCACAUUUUUUACCAUCCCGCAUCCCCGGUACUGUCGGAAGCUCUACCCGUUAACCUUUAUCAUGUGCAUCGUUUGGAUCGGCGGUACAUCUUACGUGGUAUUCUGGAUGAUGUCCGUAAUCGGAAGCACCUUUGAUGUUCCAGAGACGGUAAUGGGGUUAACUUUCCUGGCGUUCGGUGGAUGCAUGCCGGAAGCGGUUUCAGCAAUAACUGUUAUUCGAAAAGGAAACGGAGCCAUGGGGGUGUCGAAUUCGCUGGGUGCCAACACAUUGGCCAUCUUGUUUUCCUUAGGCUUGCCAUGGUUUAUCAGAAAUAUGGUAGAAGGUGGUGCAACUACUGGAGCUUAUGUAGAAAUAAAUUCAUACGGAAUGCACUACUCGGUAUUGGCUAUGUUCCUGGCCGUUGCAAUAUUGUACGCAGUGUUGUACGUAGCGAAAUACACUUUAAGAAAGUUAGUCGGUGUAGCCUUAGCGGUAGGUUAUUUUUGUAUUGUUACGUUUAUGAUAUUGGCGGAGUUGGACGUUUUGUUUCCAUCAGACAACGUAUGCUAACUCCAAGACUAACAGACUUUUGUAUAUGUGGAAUCGUGAAAUUGUCGACAUACUGAAUAAAUAAUUUUUGGAUAGAAUUUUAGAAAUAGAAAUAGUUUCAUUACAUAAUUUGUAACUUACUCAAAAGUAAUGAAAAAGUUGUGAUUAUA